UUCAAAAACUUGGAUCUAAUAAAAAACCUAAUAUACAUCAACCUGUAAAAAAAUCAUAAUCAUGAAUUAAAUACUAUAAUAUUAUAUAAAUUACCAAAAAAAAAAAACUAAACAACAAUUAGUAAAAGUGAAAGUAUUGGGUCAGACCGUCUGACCCAAUAUCUUCCGUCGGACGGGCUUAGCCCAUCAAAAACGCGCGGGCUUUUUUUUUUCAUAUUUGUUUUGUUGAUCAGCAGUUUUGUUUAUUUUUAGAAAAAACAUUUAACGGUUAUUAGGUCAUUAUCUUUUUUCGAGUUUGAAACUGUUUUUUGGAUAUCUGCUUGAUUCUCGCUAGUUUUAAAACUGAUUCUUCUUCUUUUCAAAGAAACCGAUAUAUUAUUUACUGAUUAUUUCUAGAAUUUUUCUGCUUCUCUGCUUGUCUGCUGUUGAAACUUAGCGUGUUUUUUUGUUCGUAAUUCAUUACUGUUGCAUCGCAAAUAUGGUGAAGAGGAUCAGAGAUGAUGAUUCUAGCCCGAAGUCGAAGAAGGUGAAGAGUGUCGCAUCUUCAGGAAAAAUUUUGGCACUGUCUACUGCUGGGAAGAAGAAAGAGAAAGAUGGUGAUUAUGAUCCAAGAUGUGAUAAAUCAUUGUCUAAGAAGAAAGGCAAAUCUGAUUUAUCACCAAUCAAGUUUUCAUUUUCAAGAUCUAAUCCCGAUGAACAGAAAGACACAUUUGAUAGAUCGUAUGUUUUUUUCAUUAUUCUCCUUUUAUAUUAUAUGAUUGUUUUUUUUUUUUUUAAAGUUAUUUUGUUCACUUUUGUUAGGAAUUUCACUGAGCAAGAAAUGAAGCAAUUAGUCUACAAGUAUUGUCAGACUAUUCCCAUUUAAAUGAAGUGGUUAGUAAUUUGAGUGAUGAGCAAAAAAGAGACAUUAGGGAUAUUGGGUUUGGGAGUCUCUUAGAUAUUAGGAUAAAGAAGUUUUGUCCUAAUCUGAAUUUGGAGGUGUUGUUGAAUUACAAUGCAUCUGGAAUGAUGUUUUCAACAAA